AUGCCGUCCCUCUGGGCUUUAAUUAUCUACUUCGCUCAAUGGCCUUUCAGUCCCUCAUCCGGCGUGAUAACUCGCCUCACGUUCCCCGCCUUUGUUCGCGCCAUCUCCUUCCUCUGUGGCAGGCACAACAGGAUGUCCGUGAAUUGGGAGUGUCAAGAUCAAGUUUUCAAUCGCACCACAGAUCAGAUAGUACUGGAAUAUAUCUUUCGGGCUUUGGCUACUACCCGACCAUCAGAGCACCAACCGAGAUCAGCCCCGCCUCCUGAAGAAACCGCCACAUUGUCAUCCCAUCGCGAUGUCCUCGAAAUUUUGAGUGUAUCUCAACCAUUUCCAAACUACAGAACAGAGAAUCUCACUCGCCCGGAGCUGGUUCCUACAGCUGAUCGGUUAUCUCCACCAACUCCCCCCGAACCAUUAGAACUCAUUAUCCCAACUACUGGGGAGAGGCUUAAGGAGAUUCUAGAACUGAUUAUUCUGCUUCUUCAGCACGCUAGUCAAUUCGAAAACAAUUCCUCCUGCUCUGAAAGUACGCAAGAGGAAGUAAUAUUUGAUAUUUCCCAGGAAUGUCUUGAAUGCGAGGACUGGAUGAAGAAGUAUCGUGACAUAAAUCCUAUAUACGAUGGUAUUGCUCUUUUGUUCAACACAUUCCCAAAUCCCGAAAGCCUGAAAACAGGGAAAACGACAAAUUGGUAUUUAGGAUCUCAGGAGAGUCUCAGUAUAGGUUCAUUGAGACAAUUAGGACUCAGUACCGUUACAGAGGGUGAUAUCUAA